AUGUUUUCACGUCGUUAUUUACGUCGUAGUUUUGUAGCAGCUCUUGUUUUACCCGUUGCUCUAUUAGGUUUAUUUGUUAUCUAUCAAAAUCGUACUGCAUUAUUCCCUGAAAACUUAUCACAAGAAUACCACCACCAUCAUCAUCAUCAUGAUCACAAUGAAAAUGGUGUUGACGUUUCACAUCAAAUUAUUCGCAAAUACAGUAAAGAACCUAUAUUUCAUAUAAAACGUUUAACUACCAAUGGUUAUUCAACAUCAAAAUUAUAUGUAAAUAAUGCAGAGCAAGUAAAAGAUUCUCCGAAACUUCAAUAUGUCCCACGACCGAAUUCAUUCAAUAACGCUCAACAACUACAAAUUGUUAAUCACGUUCAACCAAUAUUGCCAUUGCAAUAUCAAAUACCCACAUUAAGUGUUAUAGACACAAAAAAGCUUGAACGUUUUGUACAUCUUGAUUUGAAAGGUGCUGCACCAAAAGUUGUUUAUUAUGAAACAUUAUUUCCAUAUUUGAAAGAACUUGGUGCUAACGGGUUACUUAUUGAAUAUGAAGAUAUGUUUCCAUUUACUGAUAAUUUAUCAGUUUUACGACAUGGUUUUUCUUAUUCAAAAAGUGAUAUUGAAAAAAUAUUAAAAUUAGCUGAGCAAAAUAAUUUAAAAGUUAUGCCAUUACUGCAAGUUUAUGGACAUUUAGAAUAUGUUCUUAAACUAAAAGAAUUCAUGCAUUUACGAGAAGAUAAAAGAUAUCCACAAGUUAUAACACCGUGUCUUGAAGAAAGUUAUAAAUUAUUAUUUGAAAUGAUAGAUCAAUUAUUAUUACAACAUCCAUCAAUUCCAUAUCUUCAUAUUGGUUGUGAUGAAGUAUAUUAUCGUUUAGUUCAUCCACAAUGUACUAAUCUUCAUUUUCGUGACGAAGCCGAUUUAUUUAUCAGGUAA